AAUUUGUUUCAUUGUCAGGAGCGCCAAGAUGCAAUGUACAAGCUGGUAGAGGAAAAGUUAGAUCUAAUGUUGGUGAUUGGUGGGUGGAACUCAAGCAACACCUCGCACCUACAAGAGAUUGCAGCAGAACGUGGAAUCCCCUCAUACUGGAUUGACAGUGAGAAGAGAAUAGUUCCUGGCAACAAAAUUGCAUAUAAGCUGAAUCACGGGGAGUCGGUUGAGAAAGGAAACUUUCUACUUGAGGGUCCCAUAACAAUUGGUGUAACAUCUAGUACCUCUACUCCAGAUAAGGUUGUUGAGGAUGCCCUUAUCAAAGUGUUCGACAUCAAACAUGAAGAGGCCUUGCAACUUGUGUAAUAAGUUUAGCUUCUG